AUGAGAGUCAGUAGGAGUAAGACAGAGUACAUGUGCGUGACUGAGAGGGAAUGUGGUGGAAAGGUACGACUGCUAGGAGUACAGGUGGUGAGGGCAGACCAGUUUGAAUACUUGGUUUCAGCAGUCCAAAGCAACGGAGAGUGCAGAAUAGAGGUGGAGAAGAGAGUGCAGGCAGGGCAGACUGGAUUGAGAAGAGCAACAGGAGUGAUUUGUGAUAGAAGAGUACCUGCAAGAGAUAAGGGGAACGUCUAUAAAACGGCAGUUGCAGCUGCGCCAUGGUGGCUUCCUGUCAAGGGUGCCAGUUGGAGGCACCCUUACGGUCCUGACUCGAGUAUUGCUGACAGCCUUGAGCAUCCUGUUGUCCAUGUCUCCUGGAAUGACGCCCUGGCAUAUUGCAUCUGGGCAGGCAAACGCCUGCCUACUGAGGCCGAAUGGGAAUACGCUUGCCGUGGCACACUGGAGAAUCGGUUAUAUCCAUGGGGUAAUAAAUUAAAUCCCAAAGGACAACAUUAUGCUAAUAUUUGGCAAGGAGAAUUCCCAAAUAAAAACACUGGCGAGGAUGGCUAUGUCAGAUCUUGUCCGGUAACCUCAUUUCCUUCUAAUGGAUAUGGCCUUUACAAUAUGGUGGGAAAUGCAUGGGAAUGGACAGCUGACUGGUGGAACGUACAUCACACCACAGAUGAGACUCACAACCCAGUAAGAAAUGUUUUGCAUCUCUUUGAAAAUACAUUCCUGAUAAGUAGAAAAGACUUUUUUUUUUUCAUAAUUUCAAGUGCAACC